AUUUUCUCUUCGAUGGCUGGCAGCUAGAUACUUCCAUUCAGCAUAAAAUUGUUAAAUUCUAGUUGUACAUAUUUGUUAAACAUGUUAAAAUUAUUUCUAGCAAACUGCCGAGGCUGCCAGACAAACUACAGUGCCCCACAGGUAAACCGAAAUCGGUUCCAGCUGCUAGGAAAAUCCCUCCAUACAUACGUCAUCCGACGUAGCGACCUAUUGGAUGUGGGAAAAAAUGUGUUCAAAGAAAGAACACGACAGCUAGGACGAAAGUUCAUCACCACAGAAUGUCAGCAACAGGUGGUCCGGACUAGACGAACUAGUUCAAAAGUAUUAAGAAUAGUUUUAGGAGGAACCGCGGUAAGCGUAACAGUAGGCUAUCAAUGCCGCCGGUGGUUUGCUCAUUGUGAGGAGACACCUGCCGUCGGGAGAUUAGCAGGUCAACAAAAAAUCGGCGGUUAUGAUGGAGUCAAAUUCGAUUGGCCAAAGUUCUGGAUCUAUUUGCGACCGCAUUUGACUAAGUUAAUUGGUGCAGUUUUUGCCGCCCUAGCAGUGGCCUAUUUUAAUAUUCAGAUUCCGAAUCUGCUGGGUGUCGUGGUCAAUACUUUGUCGAAGUAUGCUCGGAUAGGUUUGAAAGACAUAAAUUCAUCUACAUUUUUCAACGAGAUGAAGCUACCUUCCCUGCGACUUCUAGGAAUGUACAUCGCCCAAGCAGGAUUCACGUUUGUGUACAUUUUCCUGCUAAGUCAGAUAGGCGAGCAGAUGGCAGCGAAAAUUCGACAAGAUUUGUUCCGGCAAAUUAUCAUACAGGAUUUGGAAUUCUUUGACGAAAACCGAACCGGAGAACUUGUGAAUCGGUUAACCGCGGACGUGCAGGAUUUCAAAUCUAGCUUCAAACAGUGCAUCUCGCAAGGAUUGCGAUCUAUCGCUCAGCUAAUCGGUGGCGGUGUCUCUCUAUUUUUGAUCUCCCCUCAGCUGGCCAGUAUUGCCUUGGUGUCGGUUCCGGCCGCGGUUGCAAUGUUUUCCUUUCUUGGCCGGUCCCUGCGGGCACUGAGCAAGAAGAGUCAAGCACAAUCGGAGCGAGCUACCGCCGUAAGCGAGGAAGCACUUUCAAACAUCCGAACAGUUCGAGCGAGCGCGAGUGAAUAUGCCGAGGUGGACCUGUUCCGGCAGGAAACUGACAAAGCGGCUGAAUUGUCGGAAAAGUUGGGUGUGGGAAUCGCCGUGUUUCAAUCGUUAACUAAUUUAUUCCUUAAUGGUAUGGUGCUGACGACGCUGGUCCUUGGUGGACAUUUUAUGUCCACAAGUUCUAUCAACGCAGGAGAUUUGAUGGCGUUUCUGGUAGCUUCGCAAGGCGUCCAAAGAUCAUUAGCUCAAGGUUCAAUUCUGCUAGGUUCUAUGAUCCGUGGAAUGACCGCUGGGGCUCGCGUAUUUGAGUACCUUUCAGUUCAACCAAAGGUAGAUCUUAAACUAGGUCAAAUCAUUCCAGAAUCGCAGGUUCGAGGAGAAAUCUGCUUUGAUAGCGUAUCCUUUACGUAUCCCACGCGUCCGAACCAGCGAGUGCUACAAGACUUCUCUCUGAUUCUUAAACCAGGACAGACAGUGGCACUGGUGGGAGCGAGUGGUUCGGGAAAAUCGACAAUAGCUUCUCUGUUGGAAAGGUUCUACGAACCUACCGCCGGUCGGAUUACCAUCGAUGGACACAACCUUUCGGAUCUGUCGCCUAAUUGGCUUCGUGGUGAACUGAUAGGAUUUAUCGAACAACAACCGGUCCUCUUCGGGACGACCAUCUACGAAAACAUUCGCUACGGACGACCGAAUGCAACCGAGGCCGAAGUGCUCGAAGCCGCAAAAUUAUCACAAUCCCAUCAGUUUGUUAGUCAACUUCCAGAUGGCUAUCAGACACCUGUUGGCGAGCGUGGAAUUCAGCUGAGCGGCGGCCAGCGACAGCGGAUAGCAAUAGCUCGAGCUUUGCUCAAACAGCCUACGAUUCUGAUUCUGGAUGAAGCUACCAGUGCGCUUGAUGCAUCCAGCGAAGCGAUUGUUCAGAAAGCACUGGACGCUGCCGUCGUCGACAGGACGACACUAGUGAUUGCGCAUCGGUUGUCAACCAUUCGGAAUGCGGAUGUCAUUGUGGUGCUAAAUAAGGGACGAAUCGUUGAAAUGGGCAAUCAUGACACGUUGCUAAAGAAAAAAGGACAUUAUUUCGAGCUAGUGAGACAACAGGAACGACAGCAACAGGAAGAUCAACAGCAACAGCGGGCUUUUGGCUGAAUUGUACCUGCCAGUUUAUUCAUUUGACACUAGUUUUAUUUAUGGAAUGUUAGGAAUAAAGUUUAUGGUAACA